AGAUUACUUUACUAUGUUUGGUAAUGGUUACGGGUGACAUAGUGGUGCAGUUUUCAGCCGCUACCCACAUCAGCACAGCGCGCACAGAUGCCGGGCGGUCAGCAGUGCGUGCCGGUGCAGUUUUUCGCCGGCAGUCCGCGGCUACAUAACCUGACCGCGCUGCUGGUCCUAUUCGAGAAGCCGGGAGACGAGGCACCGGGCAAACAGGUGCUCAGGUGUAGGGAGCUGAUUUUCCGGUGCCCGGUGGUGCUGGCCUCUCCCUCGGACGAUGCAGAGGCGGUUCUGGUGGUGGUGCCGCGCGCGUUCAGCCUGUUCCCGACGCUGGCAGAGAUGAGGGCCAGGGUGCUGGGUGAGCGGCCGGCCGGGCCGGACGACUUUGCCUGCUGCCUGCGGUACACACUGCAGGCCAAGCUGGCGCCCCAGUGGAACGUGGUCGGUGAGCUGCUGCUGCAGGGACGCGACUUCCUCCAGGUCACCGGGCCCGUCAACGGGGUGCGGCUGCAGGUCAAUGUCACAGAGGAGGACGUGUGUCUGAGCGCCCAGGCGUGUGUGGUGCGCCUGCCGCCGCUGCGCCUCUCCGAUCUCGGGGCCUCACCGGUGGCGCUGGUCGACUUCAACGCCCGCCUUACUGACGUCAUCAGCGAGAGUCAGCUGACCGGCCGCUGGUGUCACAUCCUGCCCAGGAUGACCAAAGGUCAGGUGGCCACCGUGACCCGCCACCUGCCGCCCUCCGGACCGUUCGCCGCCUACAGAGACCUGAAGCGACACUGGAAAAACAUGUACGGCUACCGUCUGCCGGAGGAGGAGCCCGCUCACUACGUCAACGUUAACUUCCGGCUCGUGGGACCGCAACUGUUCACAUACCCGCCACUCUGUCUGCGAAACGGUUCUCCAGUGUUCCUGGCCCGGCCGGCUCCGCGUCCCAUCCUGACCGCCCUGCUGAGGGACCUGCACGUCAAGGUCGGAUCGGUUUGCGGCCAGCCGCUGUCCUUCUCCGGCACUCCGUCCUACCUGACUGUGCAGCUGCAGCCGGCACCCACGUUCCAGCCGGACUGUCGACCCAACGUGUCCAGCGAGCCGUCCGGCCGCCAGCCGCCGCCGGCCGUCAGACGGGUCGGCCAGGUGACCGAGACGGGGCCGGUGGACGGUGGCAGGCCCGGGACGGCGGCGCAGGCGAGGCUGGUGGACGGCGGGAGACCCGGGACGGUGGCACAGCCACAGGCGAGAGUCGGUGGUUUGGCAACGUCCACACCGCAGCAGCAGCAGCAACAUAGACAGCAGAAACAACCACAACAGCCAAAGCAGCAGCAGCCGAGACAGCAGCAGCAGCCCCCAGAGCAGCACCAACAGCAGCAGACCCCGAAACAGCAGCAGCCAAGACAGCAGCAACAGCCGAGACCGCAGCAGCCACAGCAGCAGCCUAGGCCAAAGCAGCAGCAGUUAAAGCAGCCGCUCCUGCCAGCCGUCAUCCGCCGCCUCCGUCACCUGCUGUGA